UUGCGCGCGGAAGGGGCGGGCGCGGCGCGGCACGUGAAGGUCGUGGCGCGGCGGUGCCGGGGGCGGCGGUGGGAGCAGGACCCCGAGCGGGACCUGCGGCGGGAUGGACGCGGCGUCCGGCGCCGGGAUGGGCGGCGCCGACCCGCAGCUGCAGCGCUUCAUUGAGGUGGAGACGCAGAAGCAGCGGUUCCAGCAGCUGGUGCACCAGAUGACCGAGCUCUGCUGGGAGAAGUGCAUGGACAAGCCGGGGCCGAAGCUGGACAGCCGGGCCGAGACGUGCUUCAUGAACUGCGUGGAGCGCUUCAUCGACACCAGCCAGUUCAUCCUGAACCGGCUGGAGCAGACGCAGAAGUCCAAGUCGUCCUUCUCAGAGAGCCUGUCCGACUGAGCGGGACCCGCGCCCCGGGGGACGCCGGCCAGCCCCCGCCAGGCCGGGCCCUCCGCCGCGCCGGCUCCCGGUCGCUCUGCUGCCCGAGUGAGCCGGGAUCAGCUCUGCGGUUUAGGAUUUGUUAAAAUGCCAGUCUUGGGGAAGUUGCAGCCAGAUGAGAGUCCACGACGGAGCCACGGUUGCUCCUCCUCGGGGUGACACACCGCCCUCGGCCCCACAGCUCAGCAGCCGUCGUUGUGCUGGGACUCCAGGGCCACCGGUGCUAAGCAGAGAGCGUUUGGAGCGCGCCUGCUCGGCUCUCAGGGUGCUCCUGGCGCCGAUGCAAAUCGCAGCUCUGGGCAAGUGACCGGUGCUGCACAAAACAAACCCUGCGUGGGGACGCUAACGAGCUCCGCAGGCACCGACACUGCGCAGCCCAGUAAAGGUACCGGUGGUGCGAACAGCGUGUUGGGCACACGGAUCAUCCCAGGUGGUGUCACUGCUGGAAAACACUUUCAGGCUUCCAUAGGUAUAUGGUCAAAUGAUAAGAUUUUCAGAUCGCAGCACGACUCUGUCAAUACUGACUCGCUCCAUUAACUGCUUUCCCCGGUCAACAUAAUAAAUAGCAACUGGGUCAAUUUUUAA